AUGCCUUCUUCUUUGGUUUCUACCAGUAGCGAUCAUUCCAGGUAUCAUCCCGAUUUUCAUAAACCAAACGAAUUCAAUUUGACCACGUUAAAAUCAGAAGAUGAUAUAUUAUUUCAAUUCCACUUACCAUUACUUUCCAUCUUAUCUCCAUUUUUCAACACUAUACCUUCUCUUGAACCGGGAGAACCUCUUUACCUCCCUUCGGCCUCAUCAGAAUCAUUGGCAUUUUGUCUCAAGAUAAUACUUUCUUUCUCCGACUCAGCUCCGAUCCCCGUGAUAGAUCCCAAAACUGUUGGAAUGGUGUUUGAAGGUGUUCUCAGGAUUUGCGACGCUUAUGACCUCCGACCAGUCUUGACUCAUAUUUAUCGAUGUAGACAAACCAUCUUUCAAAGUUUAAACAAAUCAGGAGCGAUUCAUACAUUCCUCGACUUCACUUUGGCGUUAUUAUCAAAUAAUCCAGAAGCCGCUAGAGAAUCUGCGAUCGACUCACUCAAAUAUGGCAUGGGAAAGAUACCUAAAUGGAUUAGAAACGUAUUGGUCGGAUACGCUCCGAUACAAUUGAUACAAUUACACGAAUAUCAUAUAUCUCAUGUCAAAUCUUUCGAACGAUUGAAAGAAGAUUUGGUGGAUGAUACGAAAAGUCAUACACCUGGUGGAGAAAUAUUUUCGAGGAAAUGUGAAGUGAGAUGUGAAACGUUAAGACAAUAUCAUUGUGAUUGGGAGAGAUUCAAAUAUGUUGCAGCGUGGAGAGUCGCCAGGGCGGUGGAACAUCUCAGAGAGGGAGAUGAGAUAGAUGACGCAAUGAUAGAUACUUUGAAAGAUCUCUCUAAUUGUGACCGCUGCUGGAGAGAUUGCGACUUUUCGUCGGAACAAGGUGGAAAACUUGAAGGUUAUGGGAUUGGACGAGGAUGA